AUGACCACCACCGCGACGUCGCCGACGACGGACCCACACAUCGAGCUCAACAGGAUAAGGCGGCCUCCGCCUCUCUCAGCAGUACGAUUUUUUACGGAGGAGAACUUUUCACCCCCGCCGUCUGCUUCUGCAUCUGCUCACCCACACAAUAUCCACAACAGCAAUGACAAUAAUUACAAUGCCGGCAACGGACCCCAUGGAAGCCAGGACCACCUUCCUACGAGCCAUUCAUACGACGACGCCCACUCUGCAAGCAACCAUAUUCGACCGCUCUGGAAACGAGCACUCUUCGAACUGCUUGAGCAGCCGACAUCCUCGCGGGCUGCAUUUGUGGUACACAUGUUCACGAUCUUCAUGAUCAUUUUCUCCGCAAGCAUCACCGUGCUAGAGACGGUACCCGCCGUGCAUUCAAUUUCAACAAGGGUGUGGUUUGGUGUCGAAACGAGCAUCGUUGCGCUGUUUACGGUUGAGUAUGUCGCGAGGUGUUUGGCAUGGAGUUAUUCGUGGCAAAGCCUGUUCCAUUGGCAGUUUUCAUUCUUUGGGGUGAUUGACCUCUUGUCGGUGCUGCCGUACUAUCUGGAAUUGCUACUUCAGCAAGAUACAUCCGUAUUUUUCCGCUUCUCCAUACUACGCAUGUUCCGCCUCCUACGCGUCUUCCGACCAUUCCGAUACAAUCACACAAUCCUACUAACGAUGGAGGUCAUGUAUCUCUCCGUACGGCGGUCGCAACACGCGCUUCUGGCGAUUGGGUUCUUUGUAUUUAUGAUCUUGACGGUGUUCAGCACUUUAUUAUACUUUGCCGAGCGCGGGACAUGGGACGAACUUCUUGGAACAUUCAUAAACGCCGACGGUGACCCAACACAAUUUUCGUCGAUUCCAGCAGCGGCAUGGUUUGUGUUAGUCACAAUAACCACUGUAGGCUACGGCGAAAUUACACCGCGCUCUUUCCUUGGGCGCCUUAUCACCCUCCCUAUCCUCGUUUGCGGUCUGUUGCUCAUCACACUCCCUUCAUUCGUCCUGGGCCGCGAGUUCAGUCUUGUGUGGGAGAAGAUGACAGUAGGGAGAGGCGUUGGCGGCGCUUUUGGUGGCGCUGAGCGAAACGGGAAUGGGGGUACAGAGGGAGAUGCAGACGGGGAGGGUGCUGAUGCAGAAGCACGACGGAGGGAAAUGUACGCGCAUGACAAUCACUCCCUUUACUCCCCCGAAUUCUCUACACGGCGGCUGGGCCAACAGCAGCCGCGGCAGUAUCCCUCGUACGCAGCAUACCCAUCAUAUGCGGGACACACACCGUAUCCACCACGCACACCUGCUUUUGCACUGGGUUCUGGUGUCUCUGGGCUUGGCAGCGCCUCUGGUCCUGAAGGCACGAUGCGCUCUAGAGGGAGGGACCUGUCGAAUCUUAAGCUCGCACAGAAUCAGACGGAGUUAAGUAGACAGAUUGAGGAGCUCGCAGCGGCGGUGGACGUACAGGGUCGGGUGCUAGAGCGAUUAGUUGGGAUGUUGGAUGAACUUAGCGGUGGGAAGGAAGUCGGGGAGAAGAAGGCGUGGCUUGAAAGGAAGAGGGAUGCGGCGAGCUGA